AUGGGAGGACUUCCAGGAGUGGUGUACUUAUCCGACCUUUUAAAGGUGAUUGAUGCAAAACGGCAGACUGGAUUUAAUGGUGAUGAUCUUCCGCCUCCAUUCACACAGCCUAAAUCAUUCAUAGACGUACCUCAUCAUUUACUGGCCAAAGAUGGUUUCCCAUUGCAAGGGAAUUGGCGCGAUCCAGCUUGUCAGAAAGAUAUAAAUUCUACAAGGCUAAAAACUAGUGGGUUGUUGCCAUCUGGGGUAAAAGAGGGGUUGAAAUCAGGUGUGAACAAAGUUAUUGACCCACUACAAAUUCCUCCUAAGCUACCAACUGGCGCGUUGAUACCAUCCGGGGUGGAAGAAGCAGAAAUCUUAGGAAAGAGAUUGCCUGGGGUCAAAGUGGUCAAACCCAAGCAAAAUCUUCCUAAUUAUGAACGUCAGCCAAUGUCUUUACCAUUGCUUUAUGACUUGGAGCAGGGUAAGGAAGGAGUCAGGGUCCCAGUUGCUGGGAAAGUACAACGUGGGGCUACAACGGACUUGCUUCAUGGUGAAGCUGUUGAUCUCCUACCUGAAGACAUCAAAAAUCAAGUUCACAAUCUAGUGGAUUGCCCUCAGUAUGCACCUUCUAGUGAAUCAUCACCUCCCACAUCACUCUCAGUACUGGAAGCAAAGAUUGCCAAUGCUAAUCCUACUUCUGCAGUUAUCAAUGCCAAAGGCUAA